AUGAAGGCGACGAGAAGUGUGAAGAGGAAAGGUCGAUCGCGCAACGAAGGAAAAGGUGAUACGGGAGCAACCAAAUCAGAUGGCGAAAAGGAAGCCCGCAGGCACGCGGCCGAUCACGAAGAGGGAGACGGCUCCGAAGAGGAAGAUGGCGAGGAGGGCAACGAGGUCUCCGUGGUGUUUGCUCUACAAUCGCCAUGCUUUCCCCCUCAUUCUGGUAGUUCUGAUCAACAACAGGAAAGGAGGGGCGAUGGAGGGAGAGGGAAUGUGGUGAAUGGUGGUGGGUGUUGUAAACAGUGAUGGGAGGUGAUGUUGUAAACAGAUUGUCUUUUUUCUAAUUUGAACAUAGUUUUCAUAUUUCACUAAUU